AUGAAACGCUUGUGCAUUUGCGAAAUCUGUAACUGUGGGCGCCACCGCUGCGCGCAUCGUCCCACUGCGUUGUAUAAGAAGGAUAAUAACGCAUGCGUGGUGACAGAGUAUAAAGAGAAAUACCCCACGUAUGGCGGUUACAAUCCACCCACCAGCCUAAAACCCAAACAAGAGCAUCAAAAGGACCGAGGAAAGAUGGAUGGAACUACGACCUUUAGAUCUGACUAUAUACCUUAUGAGGUGUCUCGUCGGCCUGCUCGACAACAGGCAGAAUAUAAACCUAAUACUGGAGAGAUUGAUCUUGAGACAACUUAUAAACUAGACUUCAACCCACAUGAAGUGCAGCCAUUUGCCCCUGCAAGACCCAAAGAAAAAGUACACACAAAAGGAGGGAAACUGGACACUCUGCCAACAUAUAAAGAGGAUUUUCGACCGUGGGAGAUCAACAAGAGGGAGCUGACCAGACCAGAAUACUCAUACCAGCCACCCACUGAGAAGUUUGGAAACUCAACCACGUUCCAGGAAGAUUUCGUUCCACGAGGCCUGGUCCCUCGCGAGAGCUUCAAGCCCCCCAACAUGGCCAAGCUGUCUGAGGCUCCCUUCGACAGCGCCACCACCAACCGCCAGGCCUUUGUGCCGCACGCCCUGGAGGCCAGAUUCAUCAAGGCGAAAGAGGAGUACAAGCCCAGCAGCCAGCCUUUCCAGGACCGCACCACUCACCGCACCGACUUCCAGGGCCUCCCGGGGCAGCUGCCGAAGAGCUGCAAGCCCGACUUCGGCAAGGUGGCUUCAGACGUCCCCUUUCAGAACAGCACUGAGUUCCGCGACCGCUUCCAGCAGUGGCCCGUGUCCCUGCCCCAGGUGCGCCAGUUGGUGGAGUACGUGGGCCCCACCGUGCCCAUGGACAUGAGCACCACCUCCCAGGGCGACUUCAUCAAGCACGAGGUGCAGCCGUUCGUCUCGGUGAGGCCCCUGCCCCGCCCCACGAAGUCCUCCGCCCCCUUCCAGGGCAACACCACCAUGAGGGACGACUUCAAGCCGUGGGCCUCGCGCAGGCAGGAGAUGAUCAAGCGCCCGGAGGAGAUGAGGAAGGCCAGCGGGAAGAUCGACCACCUGACCACCUUCAAGGCCCACUACACCCAGCACGACGUGCAGCCGUCAGUCAGUUUCAAGCCCGCCCAGGCACCACUGAGGAGCGAGGCCCCCUUCGACGACGGGACCAUGUACCGCGCCGACUUCACCCCCAAGAGGGUCAGCAUGUGCCCUGCAAGCUUCGACUCGCCGCCUGGCUACGUGUUCGAAAACAGCGAUGAGCGAGGCCACAGGUUCUUCCGCAAGCUGUUGUCUCAAGACAGGAACAAGAUGGCCGUGGCCUCCAACAUUCAAAGCCCUAGAGAAGUGGCUGUGAUGUCAUAA